UGUGCAAGGCUCCCUCAGUGGUUGGUCCGCGAAGGCAAGAUUUCUAGUAGUUGAGAGUGAAAAACAAGACUGUACAUCAAUCUGAAUGAUUGCCUUCUAUAGGACGGUCACCGAAGUGCAGUCAUAUAGGCGGAUGGCUUACCGAAGGUGAUACCGGUUGUUUGCCAAUUUGUCAGGCGACUAUAUAGUGAGUGUGGCAUCCCCGUCUCUGGAUUAAGGUUUCCCUGUCCGUACGUUCUGCUCUACUAGUGAGUGGUGAGAGUUCAUAUUUACAUCCUCAUCAAACAUGGUGAAGCUGGAGUGCAUGCAGAUGCGGGCUGAGACUGCUGAUGAGAUACGAUCCACCAAGAAACCCUUCUCCAUUGAUCAUAUCAUGCUGGGGAAGAGAGAGCCAUCUGAGCUGCCGUCCAUCUCGCCUCCACUACCCGUGGUCAACUCGACGGUCAAGGGGGACCAUGACCCGGACUCCGAAAUGACCGAGGACAGAGAAGUUUCUGAAACCAUGAAAGAUGUGGAAGAGGAGGAACAAGAGAAGGACGGCAAGGAGGAGGAGAAAGGAAAGACCGAGACUAAAGAAGGUGAAAAGAAUUCGCCACCAAAGAACAAAUUCGGUGAGAAACCGCCCUUCAGUUAUAACGCACUUAUCAUGAUGGCGAUUCGCUCCAGUCCAGAGAAACGUCUGACUCUGAACGGUAUUUAUGAGUACAUCAUGACCAACUUCCCCUAUUACAGGGAGAAUAAGCAAGGCUGGCAGAACUCAAUCCGGCACAAUCUGAGUCUAAAUAAGUGUUUUGUGAAGGUGCCCCGGCAUUAUGAUGAUCCGGGGAAGGGGAACUACUGGAUGUUGGACCCGUCCAGCGAUGAUGUUUUCAUCGGGGGCACAACGGGGAAGCUACGGCGGAGAUCGACGGCUGCGUCACGGAACCGCAUCGCUCAGCUGAAACGUGGAGUCGGACCCCUCACGAAUGGGUUCUCCUUACCUAUCCGGACUGAUAAGCCCUAUUCAAUGUACUGGCCGCACGGGCAUUUGCUACCGUACCCACACCACGGAGGGACACCGCUGAGAUACGAUGCAAGGUUACCCAUGCAUCAUCCGGACUCCAUGUCAGUCCCCGUAUCGUCCCACCACUGCGCAGAGACACUCCUCAGCACUUGUCCAACUCUCCCAAAACCCAUCCCUAGUGGACACGGCUUCUCAAUGGAUCGUCUGCUACGCCACGAAUCGUCCUCGUACUCCAUGUCGAUGAGAGCCCGGGCUUUGAGUCUCCCCUCCCCACCACCACAGGGCUCCGGUGGGGUUGUCUGCGCCGGGGUGGGCUCGUGUAUCCCCGGCGUGGGCAGCGAGACGACGCCCGCCUGUUGCAUACCGCGUUUACCACCCCACUCCCCGCAGUCAGUUAGUAGCUCUCCAUACGAUGUAUACCACAGUCUGCACAGCUUACCUGUAUUCCCUACUGCAUUGUUCCCCUUGACUCUUGCCCAAUCCAGGCCAAUAUCGGGGAAAUGAGAAACACGAAAAACAUUCAAGAAAUCACUCACCAGUUGACUGUAGUACCGUCAUUGCCACGGUUUGUAACUCACAUGGAUUUUUGUAACCAUAAACCACAGUGCAAAGUACCGUAUCAAAUGCGGAGAGUGGUUUCCAGUGCUCAAUGUUUGCAGCCUUUUUCUCUCUCUCAAAGACUUCUGUAAAAACCAGAGCGGACUGUUUCAGUAAAUCCAUGUGAAUUUUGGCAAGUAUGUGCAAUAUGUUUUCAUAAAUAAAUAAUAAUAAGUAAUUACAGUUAAUUAUAAAAUAUACAAAAUUUAAGACAAUCACUCUCUCCGAAAUUUUUUGUUUUUAUUUAUGAUAUUUUGUUUUUGUUUAGAUAGCAUGCUAAAGUAAUUCUCUAAAUAGAAUAGAUUCAUGUAAAUAUAACUUAGAAUAUAAUUGAAUGAGUUAGGAACAUUAAUUAAGGAUGUGAUAAAGGGUGACAAUCUGGGAAGGAUUUUAGAGAAGUAAAACUUCUCAACCAUGAGUUAUACAAAUAUCUUUCGGAUGAGCUGGUUUAUUGAAAAUUGCCGACAAUCAUGUUUAUAUUUAACAGCACAUUGGUUUAUCUUUCUUUCCUGGUAACAAUGUGGAGUGUUAACUAACUAUAGACAAUUAUAAUUACUUUAUUGUAUAAGACUCAAAAAGACACAAGGAUCCGUUGGAACUUUUUGUCAUUUUGUUGACGCAUCGAGGAAGGCAAACCCACCAUGGUUGAAGCUAGAACUGAAUUCUUGUUAAAGAAGUUUGAGGUUAUUUUUUGCUACAGUGUUGUUUGAAUCGAGUAAAAGUUGCAUUUCCUGGCCCUAAGUCGACAGUUCCCAUACAAAUAAAUAUAAUUCAUUUUCACUGUGUUGGUUGAAGCAUCCCCAUGGGUGGAAGCAAUUUUUGUUUUGAAAAGAAACUUGUUUGUGUGUGUUUCCAUUACGAGUUUCGAAAAUCGAAAACAGAAAAUAUUAUGUGAGACAAAUUUUUACUUUUACAUCAUCUGAGACAGUUAUUUUUGAUCUUGAUAGUUUUAGGAAGAAGUUUGUUUGCUUGGGUGUAUUGCAAAUACAGGUUUCGAAAAUCGAAAACCGAAAUUAAUAUCUGAGAAAAAAAGAGAGUCACUUUGCAUCAUUUGAGUUUUUUUUUUCUUCUUGGGAAUUUAGGAAGAAGUUUGUUUGAUCGCAAGUAGUGCAAAUACGAGUUUCGAAAAUCGAAAACCGACAUUAUUAUGUGAGAAAAAUUGUCACUUUUACAUCAUCUGAAACAGCUUUUUUUGUCUUAAAGAAGUUUGUUGGAUCGAAAGUGCUGCGGACAAAUCGAAAACCAAAAUGGUUAUGCGAGAAAAAAAGUCACCAUCUAAGUUUUCCUUCUUCUUGAGAAUUUAGGAAGAAGUUUGUUUGAUCGCGUGUGUCACAUCAAAUGUCUGUUUUUGUCGGUGCGUGAAUAACGCACGUUCACACUGCACCUCCUUCAUUGCUUUUUAUCAAUCAUCGAAGCGUGUUUGGGGGGUUGCAAAGUCUUAAGUCUCGUUUCUCAAAACCUCCCCUGUCGCCCCCUCAAGAUCCUGCUCUUGUUUGGUCAACUUUUUUAAGACAAACACAUUCGGUUAAAUGUAAACAGUCAUUAAAAUUGUAAAGAUUCUUCAGUGGGUACAAUUUCCUUUCCUUUUUGUUGGUAACUGUCAGUGACACUGACCGCUAAAACUUACAAGCAACCCUGCACCCUGAACUAUGUGUAAUAUCUCUUACCGAGAGAGUGGCAGCUUUUAGUGGAGUACCAAACGCCGUCAACUGGGCCGUAUUUCACGGCGUGGCUCGGGUGCCUUUUUGGGUCACACACUCUCGGUGUGUGUUUUAAUGGUCCCCAGUGCGGGGAAUGCUGUUAGUUCUUUUUCGGGUCACUUACAAACUGUGAAACCACAAAUUGAAUUAUGUCGAAAGAUAUUUGAGAACUUUUUCUCAGAAAUAUUUCAUGCCAAUGUCAAAUUUUUGUUUAGUUAUAAAUUGUAUUAAAUGCGCACGUUUUUAUUUUAAACAAAAGUUAAGACGCAUGAACUCAGUUUAAAGUCACUGAUACUUAUUAUAAAGUAAUUUAAGGCCUUGUUUUAACGGAACAAACAGAGUGGGCGGUAUGCAUACCAUACAAAUAACAUUAGUUAAUUAAUGUUUGUUGUUUUAUGGUUGAUUUAGUGUCAACUAAAAUUAACACACAAAGCCUGCUGCUUGAGUUUUGGUUGAGGAGUCACAUUUCCAAAACGAUUAGGACCGAAUGAAUGCACUCACUCAUUGUGUGGAAUUGUUUCCCCUUUCUUUUUAAAACAAAUUCCAGCGGUUGGCAUUAUUGUCUGGGGUGACUUAAAACCGGGUACGACCGCCGAGCAAAUAGCGUGUUUCCGCCCGUGGACCGCCGCAGGGAAAACGCGGUGUAAUUCGCGGCCCUGCUCAAAAUAUCUGAUCAAACUGUAUCACGGUCAAUUGUUACAUUCAUAGCGAAUGAUUUGUCAUUGAAAACAGUUAAAGGCAACACAUAAAUUUGAAGAUCAUGAAUUCAAAUUGGUUUAUUGACUUGUAGGCCCUACUUUUCACUGUUUUAGUGACAUUUUAUUUGUCAUCAAAUAGUUUGAGUUGUUAAGAAAACCAGAAUUUCUUAAGACGUUUAUCAUCUUCAAUACAUAUACAAGAAAUCCGAAUCUCAAAGUUUAAUUUGUAAUAUUAAGUAGGCACUUUCAAAACUGGCAUGCAUACAAAAUAAAUAGACCCAACCAAUUUGUCAGCGGGAAUCCAAACGAAGGUGACCGAAGUUGCGAUGUAUUGAAAAAUCUGAUGCCAACAUUGCUCGCUCACAAUUAUUGUAAAUCUAGCAUUAAAAAUAGUGCAAUUCUAAUACAAAAGGAGAAUUUCUUAAAGAACCCAAA